AUGACGUUUAAAUCGUUCAGGACUUCUGGAAAAGUGAUUUCAUCUUCACCAUCACCAUCACCAUCGACACCUAUUGAUUUAUUAGGAAAGAGACAAAGUGUUAAAUCAUUGCCGAUGAAAAAGCAAGGUGUGCUCAUGGAUCAAUCCGAAACUCCAAAAAUAUUUUGA